AUGCGGUGGCAAACAGUUCGUCUAAUCGCGAUUUAUGCAGCACUCUCGGCAAUUACUAACUUUCCAUCAGGAUUCACAAACUCAUCUGUUAAUACUGCAGUCGCAAAGCUGCACGAGUUCAUCGCCACAUCUCUUCGUGAGGAAGGUCGCCCAGAUGAUGAAAAUACGAUUGCUUUGUUCCAGUCUGCGACGCUGAACUGCUGGUUUGUUGCUCAAAUUUUCGGUGCUAUGAUGACGCCGAUGAUUUCUGACAGAUAUGGUAGAAAAGUCGGUUACAUUGUUUGUGUGACAACAACAAUUCUCGCCACUUUCGUUCAAUACUUUUCUAUGUGCUUUAACAUGCCUUGGGGCCUAAUUUUCGGCCGAUCACUGACAGCAUUAGUGUCACCCCUUGGAGACGCAUGUCUUUUACUUUACGUCCAAGAAACAUCGCCUCUCGAAAUUCGAGGAAUGUCGUCAUUUUUAUGUGAGAUUGGAUAUGGUACAAUGUGUGUGCUUGGAAUGGUAGUCGGAAUGAAAUCAGUCCUUGGCGAGUCACUUUCUCGAUUGCUGUUACUUUCUCUGAUUCCAUUGUUUUUCUCGUUCUGUUUCGUGAUUCAAAUACCAGAAACGCCUAAAUUUCUAAUGAUCACAAGAAAAGAUAGCAAGAAAGCGAUGAAGUCCCUCGAAUAUUUUCAGGGAAACAAUCCGGAAAAUCGUUCUCUCAUCGAAGACUAUGAAGCUGAAGGAAUGACAGAGAAGAUGUCGCGUGAAUCUACUUUCCUUGAACUACUUUCAAAAUGGCAUCUCCGACAAGCUAUGCGCCUCGCUUUAGCAACGUUGUCACUAACUCUCUCCUUUUAUCCGAUUCUUCAAUCGUCAACUUAUUUUCUGUUAGAGUCUGGAGUUUCUGUUGACAUUGCUCAACUGUGCUCAACAUUGGCUCAAGUAGUGCUCACACUUUCCUCUAUUUUUGGAGCUUCGAUCAUUGACAGAUUUUCGAGACGGAAACUUCUUCUAUCUUUCGGAGUACUUUCCAAUAUCUUGCUUGUCUGUUUCGCAUUCUUCUCGCAUAUGUCGGCAACUGUCGUCUCACCAUAUUCUUGGCCCAAAUAUGCGUGUUUAGCGUCUCUUCUAGCAUAUUGCAUUUCAUUUGGAAUGGUUCUCGGUCCACUGUCUUGGUUCGUGGCUCCUGAACUUGUCAGUCAACGACAUCGCUGCACUAUUUUUUCGGCAUGUUUCGCCAUUCACAAUUUGCUCAUCGCACUUACAGAUUUCGCUACGAUUCCGCUGUUCCGCAUCUUCGGUAGCAUGUGCUUCGUCUUUCUUUUCGUUGUUCCAUCAAUUUUAUGUCUCUGUUACAUUUACUUGUUCAUGCCGGAAACACUUGGGAAAUCUACAUUAGAGAUUAUCCAUGAGAUGGUGGAGCGUGGAAUGAAUGGCACGGAGAAUAACAUUAUCACCUUGGAUACGCCAACACUGAAGGUUCGUCCUCGACUGUUUUCAUCGACUUCAGAUGGAAAUCUUCGUGUUUACUGA